AUGACCACCCUCAUCGCCUUGAAAGCUGCUGAACACCCCAUCAAGUCCGUCACCGUCUUUAAGUCUUCCAAGGCUGAGGUGGUCAGGACUUUCAAGGUCACUGUAGAUAAAGGACAAAGUAAACUAGAGAUACGCGGCCUGUCGAGCUCGAUCGAUACCCACUCGGUUCGAGUCUCUGGGCUAGGUGAUGUUCGCCUUCAUGAUGUUGUCUGUACGGUUGAGCAAUCCCGAAGUGGUGGUUUUGCUGCGAGCACCCUUGAUGAUUCUGCAGAGCUUAUCCGCUCCCUGAACGUUGAGAGGAGCGCCAUUGAGAAGCGUAAGGCAGUUCGAGAGACUGAGGCCCAGCUCUUGAACAAGUAUGCAAACUCACUCAAUGGGGAGCACGUAGCUCCUACUCAACUGCUUCAGUUCAUGGAAAGCUAUGUCAAACAGAACCAGAAGAUUUUGGAGGAGAUCGCAAAGUUCAAUGACGAGCUUCGUGUUAUCAACAAGAAGAUCGCAGACGAAGAGAAAAAGACCAAAACGAAGAAAGGGACCUCCCAUGGGCGCGUUGACGUGGUUCUCGCUGCCGAUAGCGAAGUUCAGUUGGACCUCGUCCUUACCUACAUCGUCAAAGAUGCCCAAUGGAAGCCAACAUACGAAUUAUAUGCCAAGACUGAUGCAGGGAAGCCUUCGCCGCUCGUCAAACUGCUGUAUUGUGCUAGGGUCAACCAACACACCGGCGAGGAUUGGAACAACACCGCCCUCACACUCAGCACGGCGUCUGGCGGCGAGUCGCGCUCCAUCCCCUCCCUGAAGCCAGUCAAGCUUCGAAGGCGGGUGUUCAAUCACUUUGCUGGCGCACCUAACAACAGCGCCUCCUUUGGUUCAACUAAGCAACCCCCACCGCAGCAGCAGCAAGCUCAAACGAGCGCCUUUGGCAAUGCUGCUCACACCAGUGGGGGCCUGUUCAGUUACCGGCCACCCCCACCUGCACCUGCAACUUCGACUUCGUCAUUCGGUGGGACCCCGACCGCUGCGCCUAGCGUCCAACCGCCACCAGCGGAGUCGGAUGAGGCUUUCGAGCAAGUCGAUCCUUCCGAGGCCAACCCACCCGCCGACGGGGAUACAAACCCCGCUCCUACCGAGCCCACGACCAUCGUCAACGAGACUCCUGUCGCGGUGACCUUUGGUGUUCAUGGGCAGUCCACCAUCCCCAGUGAUGGUAUUGACCACCAAGUCUCGGUCGCUGUCCUUCCAUUCGAAGCCGUGAUCUCAUACAUCACUGUUCCCAAGGUCGAUGCUCGCGUUUACCUCCAGUGCCGCGUCAAGAACACCAGCGACUAUCGCCUUCUCCCCGGUCCAGUCCGCGUCAUCUUCCACGACAGCUUCGUAUCCUCCACCUGGAUCAGCGACAUCAACACCGGCGAAUACUUCGAAUGCACCCUCGGCGACGAUCCGUCAACCAAAGUCGUCUACUCUCGUACCUCCAAGAACACCAAAUCCGACGGGGGUGCCUUUGCCGAAACCACCAACACGACUACUUACUUUACCAAAAUCCAUAUUCACAACAAGCAUACGUUCGAUAUUGACGACCUCGUUGUUCGAGAUGUUAUCCCGACUUGCGAAGAUAAGGCUGGGCAGGUUGUGUUGCGCAGGCCUCAGGGAUUGGCUGCUGCGAAGUACGGGGAGGUGGUCAAGCUGGAGAAUGGGUUGAGUGUUGUGUGGUUCAAGAGGGAUGGGGAUGUAGUCAAGGGAAGUCAUGAUGGGAUGUUCGAGUGGAGGUGGAAGGUUGCGGCUGGCGCGAAAGUGGUUGUCGAAGCUGAAUGGGACGCCAAGGUGCCAGGCGAACUCCCUUGGGCUGAGGUCACCCUCAAUGCCUAA